AUGGCGGUCUCACCUGUACUGAUGAUAACGGCUGCUUUGGCAGUGCUUCUGGUUGUCUACACGUACGUGAUUCGACCGGUUUUUCUGUCUCCCCUGUCAAAGAUCCCCAAUGCACACUGGUCAGCCCCGAUAUCUCCUGUCUGGAUUCUCUGGGUACGAUUCAAGAGCCGCAACAAUCGCACUAUCCAUGCCGCUCAUGAGAGGCUAGGCCCUAUCAUCCGUCUUGGGCCUUCGGAGAUCUCGAUCAAUUGUGUGGAUGAAGGUAUCAAGACGGUGUACACUGGGGGGUUCGAGAAGCAUGAGUGGUACCCACGGGUGUUUGGGUCAUUCGGGACGGUGAGCAUGUUUACCAUGACGGACAGCAAAUCUCACUCGAGUCGCAAGCGGAUGCUCUCCAAUAUAUAUUCCAAGUCUGUUCUGCAGUCGUCUGCACAGAUGCGUGUGAUUUCACAUACAAUCAUAGUCGAUCGUCUCUUGCCGAUUCUGCGCGAAGCAGCCGUGUCUCAGAGUCCAAUUGAUAUGCAUGACCUGGACCAAGGUCUCACGAUGGAUUUUGUCUCCGCGUACCUCUUUGGCCUGAAAAAUGGCACAAAUUUCCUGCAGAAUAACUCCUAUCGGCAGACCAUGCUCCAUCUCUACCAGAGCAGAAAACCGUUUGAAUUUUAUCAUCAGGAGGUGCCGGACUUGGUUUCUUGGGCGAGAUACCUGCGGAUUCCACUGAUACCCAAGUGGUGUGACGAUGCAAAUACCGUCCUCGAUGCAUGGGGGUUGGGGCUCUGUGAUAAGGCGGAGGACGAUGUUGCAUCAUCGGAGCUGGGUGUUGAGCCAGUGGUCUAUAAGCAAUUGAAGCAGGCAAUCUUGAAAAAGCAGGCCCCAGAAAAGGAAACGGACCUGGGAGCUCGGGAGAAAGAGCGGCUCGAGAUUGCGUGUGAGAUGUAUGACCAUUUAACAGCCGGUCAUGAGACCAGCGCUGUGGCCCUGACGUAUCUAUUCUGGGAGCUCUCCAAGGACGCAGAUCUGCAAAAAGAACUUCGCAAAGAGCUACUCACGUUGGAACCAGCUAUUAUCUUCCCACGGUCGUCGUCGACUGCCUCGCCCCAGCUGCCUUCAGCCAAGUCCAUCGAUGGCCUUCCAAUACUCGAGGCGAUCAUCACGGAAACACUGCGUCUGCACGCCCCGAUUCCAGGGAUUCAGCCGAGAGUCACUCCGUAUCCAUCGUGUCAACUGGCUGGAUACAGCGAUAUCCCCCCCAACACCAGAGUCAAUGCGCAGGCGUGGUCAUUGCAUCGAAAUCCAGACGUCUUUCCAAGUCCAGAGACAUGGCAACCCAAGAGAUGGAUGGAUACCACUGAUCCGGUGAAGCUGGAAGAGAUGAAGCGAUGGUUCUGGGCUUUUGGAAGUGGCGGAAGAAUGUGUGUGGGUAGUAAUCUAGCUUUGCAAGAAAUGAAAUUAGCGGUGGCAUCUAUAUAUACCAAUUUCACCACGACAAUUGUGAGUGACGAUCACAUGGAGGAAAUCGACGCCUAUACAGUCAAACCGCGCGGAGAGAAGCUCGUCCUUCAGUUCAAUUGGGCUGCUAAUUAG